AUGGGUGGGAAUGGGCUGGGACUGUGCUGGGCUGGUGCUGGCCCCAGCCUUGCCGCUGCCCCCCCCCUCGCAGCCCUCCCUGGCCCCCGCCCAGCGCCCGCCGCCAGCCCAGAUGGCCCCGCACCUGCCCCGGAACGCGGCCGCGGGGGCCCGGCGGGGCUGGGGGCGAGCAGAGCCCCCCCGAGGGGGGGGAGAUCGAGAGCAGGAGGGGGGCGACGAUGCCUGGCGGGGGCCGGGGCCGUGCUGCCGGGGGGGGAGCAGCGGGCCCGGGGCUCUCCGCCCGCCCCGUCGCGGCAUCCCCGGGGCGCACCCGGCGGCAGCUGCCGCAUUCCCAGCGCCCUGCCCGGGGCGAGGGGGGGGCGCAGCCCCCAUCCACAAAGUGCCGUGCAAAGGAGGAGGGGGGGGGGACACACGGCACCCCCGGGGACCCCUUCGUGGACCCCCCCCAGCCUUUCGGACCCCCUUCUCCCCGGUCUCCCCGUGCGCACCGCCAGCCCCGUCGGGCCCCCUGCGCGCAGCCGGGCGGCAUCGGGCCGGGCCGGGGGGCGGCGGGGGGGGGCUGUGGGGCCAGCUGCCCUGCCGGGGGGGGCCCGGGCCGCUCGGCAGCACAUGUGCUGUCACUCAGCCAGCCCCGCGGUUAUUUUAGCUCGGGGCCGGCGAGCGGCUCGGACUGCGCCCGCUCGGCCAUGGGGCCCCCCGCUCCUGCUCGCCUGCCUGCUCGCCCCCCUCUGCGCCAGGGGUGCCAGCACGGCCCCAGGCAGCCCCCCCGGCUGGCGGCAGCACGAGGGCCCCCGGCGGGUGAAGAGGGCCUGGGUGAUCCCCCCCAUCAGCGUCUCGGAGAACCACAAGCGCAUCCCACACCUCCUGGUGCAGAUCAAGUCGGACAAGCAGCAGCCGGGGGGGGUGAUCUACAGCAUCAAGGGGCCGGGGGUGGACGAGGAGCCCUUGGGCAUCUUCUCCAUCGACAAGUUCAGCGGCAAGGUCUUCCUCAACGCCAUGCUGGACCGGGAGGAGAACGACCGAUUUCGGCUGAAGGCUUUUGCCCUGGACCUGGGCGGCGUGACACUGGAGGACCCCACGGACCUGGAGAUCAUCGUGGUGGACCAGAACGACAACCGGCCGCUCUUCCGCCAGGACGUCUUCACGGGGCGCGUGGUGGAGGGCGCCGAGCCAGGGACCUGCGUGAUGACGGUGGAGGCCACCGAUGCCGAUGACCCCGAGACGGACAACGCGGCGCUGCGGUUCUCCAUCCUGGAGCAGGGCGCGGGCGGCAUGUUCAGCAUCAACGCCACCACGGGAGAGAUCUGCACCGCACGGCCCGGCCUCGACCGAGAGAGUGUGGGGGUGUACAACCUGACGCUGCAGGCGGCCGAUAUGUCCGGGGACGGGCUCACCACCACGGCCACAGCCGUCAUCUACCUGGAGGACAUCAACGACAACGCCCCCGAGUUCACCAAGGAGGAGUUCUCCAUGGAGGUGGAGGAGCAGGCGGCCGGGCUGGAGGUGGGCAGGGUCCUGGUGCACGACAAGGACCUGGCCGGCUCGCCCAACUGGCUGGCCAAAUUCACCAUCCUGGAGGGCGACCCCGAGGGCGCCUUCGCCAUCCACACCGACCCCUACACCAACGACGGCGUGCUCUCCGUGGCCAAGCCCCUGGACCACGAGGUGCGGGACCGCUUCCAGCUGACGGUGUCGGUGCAGAACCAGAAGCCGCUGGAGCCGGGGGCCCCGGGCAGCCCGCGGGCGCUGGCCACGGUGCAGGUGCGGGUGCGGGACGUGAACGAGGCGCCCGUCUUCCGCGAGAACCCGCGGCGAGUCAGCGUGCCAGAGGGGGCCCCCCCGGGCACCCCUGUCACCACCUACACCGCCAGCGACCCCGACACGCGCCAGCUCCAGACCCUCACUUACGCGCUGCUGUACGACCCCGCGGGCUGGCUGCAGCUGGACCCGCACUCCGGCACCGUGCGCACCAAGCGGGAGCUGCGGACCCCCUCGGCCUUCCUGCAGGGCGGCUGGUACAUCGCCCUGGUGCUCGCCCGUGAUGACGGUGACCCCCCGCUGUCCGCCACCGGCACGCUCUCCAUCGAGAUCCUGGAGGUGAACGACCACGCGCCCCUGCUGCAGCCGCCGGCCGGCGUGGUGUGCGGGCGGCCUGGCCGCGGGGGGAGCCUGCUGCUGGGGGCCACCGACGACGACCGCCCCCCCCACGGAGCCCCCUUCCACUUCCAGCUCAGCCCCCAGCACCCCCAGCUCGCCCGGAACUGGAGCAUCACCCGCUUCAAUGUGACCCACGCGGUGCUGGCCGUGCUGGUGGAGCUGCCCGAGGGGCUCUACUCGCUGCCGUUGCUGCUGCGGGACUCGGGGACCCCCCCCCGGGAGCAGCAGCAGCUGCUGAACGUCUCGGUGUGUCCCUGCGGCCGCGAUGGCACCUGCGAGGACGGCGUCCUGGCCGCUGCCACCGCCGGGGUCGGCAUCACCCUGGAGGCUCUCCUGGUCAUCCUCGGCAGCAGCACCCUGCUCCUGCUGCUGGCACUCCUGGGGGCUGCACAGGUGCGCGGGCGCCGCCGGGCGCUGCGCAAGGGGCUGCUGCAGCGCUCGCGGGACGACAUGCGCGACAACAUCCUCAACUACGACGAGCAGGGCGGUGGCGAGGAGGACCAGGACGCCUACGACAUCAACCAGCUGCGGCACCCCCAGCUCCUCCAGCCCCGCGCCAAGCCCCCCGUGCGCAGGGACGCCCCGCUGCGCUCCGGCACCCCCUCGGCGCCCCGCAAGCUGCCCAGCGGCCCCUCAGACAUCGAGGACUUCAUCAACGAGGGGCUGGAGGCGGCUGACAGCGACCCCAGCGUGCCCCCCUACGACACCGCCCUCAUCUACGACUACGAGGGCUCGGGCUCCGUGGCCAGCCCGCUCAGCUCCAUCGUGUCCAGCCUGACGGACGAGGACCAGGACUACGACUACCUGAGCGAGUGGGGGCCCCGCUUCAGGCGCCUGGCUGACCUCUACGGGCAGUAGAGGGGCCGUGGGGGGGGCUGGGGAGUUUGGGGGUCUCGCACACGAGGUGCCCAAAGGUGGAGGCUCCGUGCACGCACCAGGUGCCCGGCUGCAGGGGUCUUUGCACCCCCGUGUGCCCCCCACCCAGAGCAGCAGCAGAGGGACCCCACACCCAGCAGAGCCUUGAUGGUGCGAGCAGUGUGCCAGCGGGGAUGGGGGGGCCACAGAGCCCCCCUUGGUCCCUUCCCAAUAAAAAUCCCAACCAAGGGGGCUGGCGGGACCCCGGCCGCACCAGCCGCCCGUGUAGAAACAA